UCCAAGUCUCUCGUACUGCACACCGAGACUUCGAUUUCCUUUAUAAAGUACAAUACUAACUAGCAGCCUACUACUGUACAGUAUGAAUACGAUCCUCUCUAAAACUAAUAAUAAUUGUUCCACUCUGACUUUGUCGAUCUCCAACUUUUUGGUACCUUCGGUUUGAUUUAUUAGCAGUGAUUUUCCGACAUUCAUUCCUGAUAAACCAUUAUUUCCGCGUAUAACUUGUGGUGUUAAUAUUGCGCCUGGUUUGUGAUCGCGACGAGGCAGAUCAACGAAUAACGCUUCCUGACGAGACGUACCCACUCUACGCUGUGCUUGUUAGGUCGUCGCCAUUCCCCAAUUCCAUCACGACGCCCAGGAGCAGAAACGUUAAAAGCUGAAGACGUAUGGUUCAAAUUUCGUUGCGCAGUCGUAAUAAGAACCUAUGUGAUAUAUAAGCGGCGCGCUUUUCAAAGACUUUCCACGGGAACCAUUUCAGCUACAGCGAAACGCGUCAUCGUCGGAGCAUUUCGAAUAGCUUUUCCCCUCUAUUGACACCCAUCUAUUUUCUGGAUAGAAACGAUACUCGUAUAUAUCGUGAAUAUCCAGGGAUAGGGAGAAAUCUUCUGGUCAGGAAGUUCCUCGUGCAGUCAAAACUGGAUUCGUUCAGAGGCAGCUGCUGUUUGAACUCUGCGAAUGAAGACAUUUGUUGUUGCUCCUGCUGUUCACGGCCAUGUUGUGCCUCCUGCAACAUCCGCCGUACAUUCCGAGACCACCGAUGUUGCUGUUAUCGGUAAUGGACCAUCUGCGCUAACGCUGUCCUUUAUAUUGAACGGAAAUUGGCCAUACUACAAUGGAAGCCAUCCGGAUGAAAUUAUCCAUGCCCGAUUGAAUUACUACAAGAACAAGUCUAUCCUGGAAACGGAUUUUGGUGAACUGUCUUCGGGCGUUUCCGGGCAGUCCCGCAAUCUCGUGGCUAAUCUCUUCGACCAGCUCCUCCACCCGUCCACUGUGUAUGGGGACGUAGACUUAACAUCCUGUGUCUCCUGGAAACCUGUGGAUUGCAAAGUUCCUCACCUCAUUCUUGGACCACAUCCGCCUGGUGGCGCAUGGCAAAAAAUGCACGGUUCCAAGAAAGCGCUCAGUUUUAACAACUGGCUGGAACUGCCGGGUCUCCCUCUGGAAGAAUGGGUGACUCGCAAGGGAUGUUGCUUACGCCGGCGGUUUCCCGAUAACUCCCGGCUACCCUUGGCGGUAUGGAAGCACUAUUACGAAGAUUAUCCACAUGAAGUGGGACUGGAGGAUAGUUUGCGGACCGGGUACUAUGUGACUUCGGUACGGAAUCUCGCCGCUCAUGGAGACGCGGAAACCGGAGAGAAUGUUACGGAGGAUGGUGAAAAUUUACAAUAUCCUUGGGAGAUUAAAGGAGAGCGCAUUGGACCGGACGGCGAGCCGGAAGCAUUCCUUAUUCAUGCCAAAAAAGUUGUUUUAGCUACUGGUACAGCCGAAAACCCCAAACAGCUGCACGUCAUUGGUGAGCAUCGCAGUUGGACAGGCCAUACAUACGAUGACAUGCACAACUUCAUCGCGGACAAUCUCCACUUGGACGAGCACGGAGAGAAUACGAAGAAAGCCAAACGCUGCUGGUCCCGAGUCGUCAUCGUGGGCAGCGGUCUCACCGCGGCGGAUGCAGUUGUUGAAGCGCUAACAGCCGGCUGUCAUGUCUACCACAUAUUCGACCCGAAGCAUAGCAUUCUAUCCCAACUCAGUGAGCGCUUGUAUCCCGAUUAUGCGGCCAUCUGGAAGCUGAUGAACGGGGAAACCCGCGCGCAGUCCACGAAUUUUACCGGUCACUACACGCCCUUUCCCUACGGUCAGGUGGAGAAGAUUACCAGUGAACAUACCGUGUGCGUGGAGAGCCAACAUGGGAAAAAGAUCUGCCUGAACAAGAUCGAGUUUGUGGCUGUUUUAGUGGGAUCGUCACCACAAUUGUCCUAUUUGAACAGUGACAUCAGUCGCAAGCUGCCGAUCAAAGCCGGGAUGCCGUUGGACUCCAAGCGCAAUCCGGUGGCGAUUGAUCAACUGACGCACGAGAGCAUUUACCAGCCGGGACUGUUUGCACUGGGGCCGUUGUGCGGGGAUAACUACGUUAGGUUUAUCCCGGGUGGCUGUGUGGCGGCGGCACGGAGUCUGAUUGCUGACUUGACAAGGUGUCUGUGAUUGAUUGGUGUAACUUUCGUGUUGGAGAGAUGAAUCGAAAGGCUAAGUCAAAAGACAGGUGGACCGCACAGUUGUGGCUUUUUUGUAUGAAAGCUGGGGGUAUUUUUUGCGUGACGAAAUUUUAUGGGGUUUUUAUUUUGUCUACGCUAUUAUUUAUUCUUUAGUUUAUUACGUCGUUGACCUGCAAAAUUGUUAUGUGUUAUACUCUGUAUUUGAACUAAUGACGCUGUACUCUGCUUGCUAGUGCUGUUGAAGCGAAGAUCUGCUAAAAUUGUAUCAAAGUUGAACAUCUAUUGAGUUGGGAUUGACUGUUUGCAAUAAAGGUUUACGAACCA